ACUCCACAAACCUCUCCCCGCCGUCCCUGGACAGACAGUUCCUCGCUAACCCGCCCGAAAGCCCCUGAACACUCCCGACCGCCCCUGUAAAAUGCUCGCUUCAAGCUCCAGUUCCCCAGAUUUCCAGCAGCUCCACAGCAGUGCACAAGCCCAGCAAAAAAAAAAAGAAAAGAAAGCUCUGCAGCUCAUGCGACUCAACGACAUGUCUUCGUCCCCAUCAAUUCGAAAAUUUUGCAUCCCACGGGUAUACGUAACCCCAGAUAUCCAGGAAUAACUCACCAUGCAGGGCAGGCAGAUAGGUAGGCCCGCCCGCUGUCAAGUCCUUAGAUCCAGAUCCAGAUCUGGAGCCGGAGCCGGCUCAUGCAAUGCAACCGCAGCCCUACCCACCGUAGUGUUGAGGUGUCUUUGACGUCGGUCCUCACUUUAUCAAGCUAUCUGUGUUGGCUUGCUCCUCAAGCAUCAACAAGACAUCGCGCAAGCAACAGAACGCAGGCCACUAUUAUUCCAGAAAGGCCCAAGAAGAGGCUGAAGAAGAGAUUAUUGACAAGGUCGCACAUGACACCUCCCAGAGCGAUGGCGCCAUCCUUCAGGCUGUUUAGUGCGUAGCUGGGUCUCGCGAUUUCCAUUACGUUUAGCUCGUCAUUCUCUGCGUCGCCCUCCCCGCAUUAUUAUUCUGGCCCUCCCUCUCGACCCGACCACGAGUUUAGUCUCUUGGGGCUCUCAAGGCAAGUAUUGAAGAUUUACAAAGUGCAAUUUUCCAAACUUGUAUUCCGUUUGGAAUUUUUUUUUGGCGUGUUGUUCGUUGUGGUUGACGGGGCGGAGAGCAUACUGUACUCGUUAAGUAAUGGAUUCCUGGGAGAGGCUGGAGGGGGGAGAUUGAGGCUAGGAUGGAUGCCAAUGCUGUGCUACUACAACUCCGUGCCAGUACUCCGUAGUGUACCAUGGUUUUUUCUGCUGGCCUGCGAGAGGGUUAAGGUUAGUACCUUGGCUUGAGGGGGGAAGGGAAGCCUUUCCGUAGCCUUGCACUUUUGUGAGGUGUGACUGACCAAGUAGUUGGGAAGCUAUAUAGCUUUGGGCCAUCUGCCCUGUUGCACUUUUCUUCUUCCUUCCUUGCUUCUCUCUUCCUUUCUCUAUUCACGGACGGAUAUUCAUUUUCAAGUGGAAGCCUUCACUGCGCCAUCACUUCAACCUCGACUCACAGCAAAGAUUCACGAUACCCUCAUUGUCGAUAUCUUACACUACCCCGCCACAAGUCUCAACCAAGUCGAAUCCCUUUGCGCCAACAGCUACAGUAGCUCCAUCCUGAUCUUGAUCACAAUCGCAUUGCGACGGAAACCCCCACAAGAAACAAAGAAUCAAGCCAGCCAGAAAUCGCAAAACAUGGCUGCAGUCCCCAAAUCACUCAGCGAGACCGGUCGCAGAGAUAGCAACAACUCUCAGAAGAGAGCACAACUCUCCCACGGUCGCGGCGGAGCGGGCAACAUCGGCAUCUCAGCCACAGACAAUGAACCUCUCAACCUCGAGACUCCCACCCUUAAAAGCGAAAUGUACACCACCGGCCGCGGAGGAAGUGGAAACAUGGCCAAGAACACCGAUGCGCAGGAAGCAAGACGCGCACAGGAUGUUGUUGCCCACCCCCGCCGCGAAUCCAACAACAACACACACGUCGGGCGCGGCGGCGCAGCAAACGUAUUCAAGCCGUCGGCAGCCGACGUCGAGAACGCAAAGAAGGACAACGCCAAGUGGGAGAGUGCCGUGGGCGAUGACAGGAGUGAGGAUGGGCGGGAGAGGGAGGUGCUGGUUCCCGGGGGAGGAGGGGCCGCGAGUGCGAAUAAGGCGGGGGGAAAGAAUGCAGCUGGUGAUGCGGAGAAGAGUAAGGGGCUUGCGGAUAGGGGGAAGGAGUGGUUGAUGGGGAAGAUUGGGAAAUAA